AUGACUUCAAUGGCAGCCGAGUCCGUGGCCACGAUCCUCUGCACGGCCAAGCAGACUCGCUUCAACAUUGACAGCUCCAGCUACCGCGAACUUGACAUUGACGGCCUCAACAUCGUUGUCACCUCUGGCGAAAAGGCAUCCAAGCCUGAAAAGUCGUCAGGCAAAUCAAAAGGCAAAGCAAAGUCUGAUGGCCUGGAGAUUCUGUCGAAUGCCAAGCUGCGGUUGAAGGAGGGUCAGCGGUAUGCCUUGGUUGGACGCAAUGGCACGGGAAAGUCGACGUUGCUCAAGGCUAUUGCGCAGAAGCUCAUCCCGGGGAUUCCAGAGAGUUCCAGGAUAGCGCUGCUGCAGCAGACCAAGCUCACCGAGUCUGAUGAGGACGACAAGGCGGCAAAGGAGAACAAUGGUCGAGGAAAUGUCUUGCAGGAGGUCAUUGAGCGUGCUACAGCCCGCAGCAUGGUUGAGCAAGAAAUCAAAAUUCUCUUAGAUGGCGUCAAUGCUUCAGAUCCGUACGCCCCUGUUCGAGCUCUGAGAAGCCUGAAGCACGAGAAGCUUCAGCAACGCCUCUUUCUCGUUGACAAGGAGGCAAGGCUUCGAAGUGGUGCUCGAGGACUGCAGGCGAGGAAAGCUCUUGUGGCCUUUGAAAAGGUCGUUGCAGAUUCGCAAGCCCAACUGGAUCAACCAGACGAUGAAAUCUCCACCGAAGCCCUCCAGGUAGAAACUCAGGAGGCGGCCGACAUGCUCGCGGAUCUACAGAGCCAGAUCGAACCUUCACGCCUAGCACAGAUUGAAGUACAAGCUAGGAACAUUCUCAUGGGUCUUGGGUUUACAGAGGCCUACUUGGAAAAGCCCCUGUCCAGUCUCUCUGGAGGUUGGCACAUGCGGACUGCGUUGGCCUCGGCUCUGCUCCAGGAGGCUGAUAUCUUGAUCCUCGACGAACCGACGAAUUUCCUUGAUCUGCUGGGCAUCGUCUGGCUGCAGCGAUAUCUGCAGUCUCUAGCAGAUAAAGAAAAGCCACCUACUCUGAUACUCGUCUCUCACGAUCGCGACUUCAUCUCUCUGUGUACCGAUCUCAUCAUCCUCAAAGAUAAACAGCUCACGUACUUCCACGGCGACAUACAAACGUACGAACGUUCUCAAUCCGAACGCCGUCAAUGGCUCAUCAAGAUGAAAGAGGCCCAAGACAAACAAAAAGCCCACAUCGAAAAGACUAUCGCCCAGAACCUCAAAGCUGGCAAGGCAAAAGACGACCAGAACAAGAUUCGACAAGCCAAGUCCCGGCAGAAAAAGCUCGACGAUCGCUGGGGCAUGCAGGUCAGCGCCAAGGGCACUCGCUUCAAGCUGAACAGGGAUCUUGUGGGAUUCUUCCUGACGAGUCGCGAGGGGAUCGAGAUUCCACCUGAGCAGAGGCCCGUGGUGAUAUCGUUGCCAGAACCCCCUGAGUUAAGAUUUCCCGGAUCGCUCAUCUCAUUGGAGAAGGCUUCGUACCGGUAUUCGCCGAGGGCGCCCCUGAUUCUGCAGGAUGUGACGCUUACUGUUGGGAUGGGCGAUCGGAUUGGCAUUCUGGGCUUGAACGGCGCAGGCAAAUCGACGCUCAUAAAGCUGCUCGUAGAAGAGACUCCGCCGACAUCUGGUACUCUGACGACGCAUCCUCGCCUUAGACUGGGCUAUUACUCCCAGCAUGCAGUGGAGGAGCUCAAGGCCAUUGGCCGCUCUGAGCAGGGCAUUACUUCACUCGCUCUCCUUACAAAGGAGGUAGACGGCGCUCUUAAUGAGGGCGAGAUACGCGGCUUACUGGGAACCCUGGGACUGCCCGGCCGUCUCGCAUCGGACGUUCCCCUUUCCAAACUUUCCGGUGGUCAACUAGUGCGAUGCCAGCUGGCGAGAUUGUUCUGGAAGCAUCCGCAAUGUCUAAUCCUUGAUGAAGUGACUACGCAUCUCGACUAUGAGACGGUGACUGCUUUACGAGAAGCGUUGAACGAAUGGGAGGGCGCCGUGGUGCUCGUGAGUCACGACAGAUGGUUCAUGCGAGGGGCCAUAGAAGGACAGAUCGAGGAUGACGGCGACGAUGACGACGAAGAGGAAGAGGAAGAGGAGGAAGCGAAACGGAGAAGGAUCGUCUAUCGGCUGAAAGGGGGAGCGCUAACUGAGCUCAAGGAUGGCGUGGAUGGGUUCUCACGCAUCGUUGAGAAGAGGGCCAAGAAGUUAUUAGAGGGUCUAUAA